GGGGGUGGGAGCGGGGGGUGCAGAGUCCCAGCCUGCCUUCUCGGGGGCCCUAGACACGGAGGAAGACAGAAUGACAGAGGUGUAAGGAGAGGCAGUGAGAGUGAACCCGAGGAAAGGGAAUAGAAGGGGGGACAGAGACAAAGAGACACACGCAGAAAGAGAAUCAGAGAGGGAAGCGGAGAGAGACCGCGACUGAGGUAAUCCGAGGUCGCAGAGAGAGACCGGGGGAGGCAGAAUGAUCGCAGGACCCCAGGGAGGGAAAAGCCCCUCCACGUCCUACCCCUGAGCCAGCAGGUGCUGGGGCUCCCCUGCCUGCCCGGCCAGCCGCAGUCCCUCCUGCUGUCCCGCCAGGUGGCGGCGAGGAGGAGCCAUGUUCCUGAGCCCUGGUGAGGGGCCGGUGGCUGAGGGCGUGGGGCCAGCCCCCUGCGAGGAGGCCCCCAAGAAGAAGCACCGGAGGAACCGCACCACCUUCUCCACGUACCAGCUGCAUCAGCUGGAGCGGGCGUUCGAGGCCUCCCACUACCCAGACAUCUACAGUCGCGAGGAGCUGGCGGCCAAGGUGCACCUGCCGGAGGUGCGCGUGCAGGUGUGGUUCCAGAACCGCCGGGCCAAGUGGCGGCGUCAGGAGCGUCUGGAGUCGGGCUCAGGGGCCAUGUCAGCCCCGAGGCUCCCUGAGGCCCCAGCACUGCCGUUCGCCCGCCCACCGGCCAUGCCACUGCCCCUGGAGCCCUGGCUGGGCCCCGGUCCCCCCGCUGUGCCAGCCCUCCCUCGCCUUCUGGGCCCGGGCCCGGGGCUGCAGGCAUCCUUCCGGCCCCAGGCCUUUGGCCCGGCCUUCGCCGAUGGCUUCGCCCUGGAGGAGGCGUCUCUGCGGCUGCUGGCCAAGGAGCACGCGCAGGCUCUGGACAGGGCCUGGCCACCAGCUUGAGCCUGGUACUCACCCAGCCCUCUCUCUGCGGCCUGUCCUGACCUAGGCCGAGGUCACAGAGCAGCCCAACCAGCAGGCCAGGCCAUCACUGAGAAGUGAGACUUGAGACCCCUGCGCAUGCCCACCCUCCCUGUCCCUGGACACCCAUACUGGGUCCCCACCUGAACCUGCCCUGCCCUGUAGGCAGACUAGCACCCAGCCACGGGAAGGAGGUUCCCAGGCCAGGAGCCAGGGCCCUGGGGGCCUCUGCAGAGUCUCUGCCCCUCUUGGGGCCUCAGUGACCCAUCUGUCAAACGGGGGUGGGGAGGUUCGGAGGUUUGGAGGCUCCGGGCCGUAAGGCGGUAAUUAGGAGCCACCAGGCCCUUAGGUCUGCGAGCCGAUGAGCCUAAAUCCCGCUUAAUCUUUGCCCAGCAGAGCACCCGGCUCUCAGCGCCUCCCUCUCCACUGGUUACCUGGUACCAGCAGCUCCUGCCCAGCUGCUCCCGGCCCGAGCCCAUCGUGAGGCGGGCACACAGGCCUCCGCCCCAUUCUACAGGGAGGUAACUGAGGCCCAGAGUUGGGGAACCAGUUUCCUGAGGUCACACAGCCAGUAGGGGGUAGAGCUGUUUUUCAAACUCAUUUCCCCAAAUCCGCUGCCACAUGAGGGGUAAAGAGACGGUAGGAACCAGGUAGUGACUCAGGCCAGGGCCCAUGAGGGACACUGUCCUUGCUCAUUCCACGUUUCAAAGUGUGGCUUAUGUCCCCACUGACCACAGAUCCCAUCACUUCCCCCAGCCCAGCCAGGGCGGGACGGGGCCCUGGCGAACAUGUACUCUGUCCAGUGCAAUUCAUCCAUCCAACCAAUGAGUGAUGGGGACACAACAGUAAACAAAACAGAC